AUGGAGGUAAUGGGGCGCGAUGCAGCCACUGCAAGGGUUGAACGACCGACGCAUGCGCCUCGGCGCGACCAAAUUACCCGAAGCGCUGUCUUACGCGCUCGUUCUAACUGCGAUCAAAUUUCGAUCUUAGCACGUAACCGAGCGAAUCCUUGUCCGCCCUCAGUGCGCCGCGAGCCAGCGCGCCCGUCGCUCGCCCUUCGCCCCGUGAGCCUUGCCGCGGGAAACUUUACAAACUUUCCGACUCCGCCGGCGGCGCGAGUGUUUACGUCGGUGCUCCCUUAA